AUGGUCAUCCCAACAAAUUCACCUUGGAUCAGCGUUAGAAUUGGUGCAGGCACUGGGUGGUGUCUGUUCUUUUACUCAUCCCUCCCCUCCCCCUUCCUCCCGGAAACCAAAGACUUUGCUACCACCGGUAUUGAGAAUGAUAAGCUGUGGGGGCCAGUCUCAGGGAGGGGUGGGAGUAAGGGGCUGCUGCAGCUGUCAGACCAUAAACCAGGCUUACACCCAGCCCAGGGCUGGAUACCUGCAGACUCAGCCCCCUCGUCAGCAGUCAUGAGCAGAGGUGGCAACUCCACGGAUUACCUACUGCCCGGAAUUCCCUCCUUCACCCAGGCCUGGGGAUUGUGGGCCCUCUUAGGGGCUGUGACACUGCUACUUCUCAUCUCACUGGCUGCACACUUGUCCCGAUGGACUAGUGGCUGGAGCAGGAACCAUCCAGGACAGGGACAUUCUGGAGGGUCUGUGGAAGAGGUCCCCCUAUAUGGGAACCUGCAUUACCUGAAGACAGGACGACUGUCUCAAGAACCGGGGACAGACCAACAGGAUGCAACACCUGGAGGCCCCACCAGGGCUGCGGAGGAGGUGAUGUGCUAUACCAGCCUGCAGCUGCGGCCUCCUCAGGGCCGAAUCCCGAGCCCUGGAACCCCCAUCAAGUACUCAGAGGUGGUGCUGGACUCUGAGUCAAAGCCCCAGGCCUCAGGCCCGGAGCCAGAGCUCUACGCCUCAGUGUGUGCCCAGACCCGCAGGGCCCGGGCUUCCUUCCCAGACCAGGCCUAUGCCAACAGCCAGACUUCACCCAGCUGAGAUGGAGGGCCUGGCACAGUGAGGCACACAUUGCCCCAGCCUCCUCUGUCCAGGGCAUGACUAUUUCCCAACAAAUCCCCAAAGACAGCCAGCCCCUGCCCAGUCACAGGAGGCGAUGUUCCCCAAACUUUCUAUCUGACCUGUGAGGGAGAUAUCUUGGGGGAAAAGCAGGGCCCCAGUUUCUUGAGGAUGGAAGAAGCAGAGGCAGUGGACCCCUCCCCACUUCCUUCUCCUCCUGGGAGUUUUACCAGAUCCUCUGGACUAUUGCUCUUACAGUGUACUCCUCACACCUUAAUGUCUCCUCAGACACAGGAAGUGGGCAGUGGGGGAGGGGGUAAGAGCCUAAGAGGAGCUGGGUGGGUAUACCUCUGGGGAGGCCACAGGAUGAGGGGGUCCUGGAACCUAGCAACCUGAGGAACCCAAACCCGGCUUCUGAUCUGAGAACCUUGGCAGGAGAAUAGGUCUCCAUCCUGCUGCCUCUGUUGUGUCCCAACGUUUUUAAAUAAAAUGUCUUAAGAAGUGUUUAGAUUUUACCUAGUGGGCUACAGACCUGCAAUAGACCCCACAUGGUGGUAGUGUGAGCUUUGCUGUCUGCACAGAACACUUCCCGGGGAAGUCUAGCUGGGGAAGAGGGUCUGAGAAGAGCUGCCUCAUCAACACUGGAGGCCAGAGCCCAGCUCCUCAGAUGCCAGUGUUGCUGCUAGAACAUCCCCAGAAUUUACACUCAGAGCCACCCCACUCCUAUCGCCUGGAGUCUGCAAGCUCAUCAGCCCCUGACCUACUCUCCUCAUGGGCUCUAUUAACUGUGCUGCACCCCCGCCCCCAAAACCUGUGCCUUAGGCCCUCUCCCCUAGGGCCUCUAUAGAGGCAGGUCCAGCUUGACAGACAUGAGGUUUGACAGACAAACUUCUCUCCUUUCCGCUUGGAGUCCCAGAGAAAGCCGGAGUAGGGAACAGUGCGCCUGAGACUGGCCGGGUGGUCCCAAUAAGGGGGACUUCCUCUGCACACACAGACACACAAUAACCCAAAUGUCCUGGGGCUCCUGGACCUGGGGACCCCAACCUGCGCCUCCCCAGAAGAGGCCGGGGUCGCCGUUAAGAGCAGGCAGUUGGGGCUGUGUGGGAGGGAAGGUGACUUUGAGGGCGGGCACCGGAUGCGGGGAACCACUGGCAGCGGAGUGUGGGGUUCUGAAGACUGCUGUGCUGACGACUGGCUCUACAUGUCAACGGCCUGGGGCACUGAGGGCUUCACCCACGAAGAGGCAGGGUUGGGUUCCGCCACCCCACUUGGGACCCUCUGGGACUCGCAGCCGAGGCUUCAAAUGACUGCUGGGGCUCUGCGGCACCCGCGGCACCC